CACGCAGGGAGCUCGCGGGGCAGCAGUCCGCUCGUCACUGGACUCGAGGGACCCGCGGGACCCUCAGGACUGCGCAGGACAUCACAGGACCCGGAACCUUCCGACCGGGGAAUGGCGGCCGCUCCGGGCGCCCGACUCCUGCGCGCCGCCUGCGCCUCCGUCGCUUUCCGUGGCCUGGACCGCGGCUGGCUGCUGGCCUGUGGGGUCCGCGCGGGAACUGCCGUCCCCCGGUGGACCCCGAGCCCCGGCGUGCACGCAGAGGCCGGGCGGGGACGGCCGCUGAGCUUGUCUGCGCGCGCGUGGAGCAGCUCAGAAGAUAAGAUAACAGUCCACUUCAAGAACCGUGAUGGUGAAACACUAACAGCCACGGGGAAAGUUGGUGACUCUCUGCUAGAUGUUGUGGUUGAAAAUAAUCUAGACAUUGAUGGUUUUGGUGCUUGCGAGGGAACUUUGGCUUGCUCCACCUGCCACCUUAUCUUCGAGGAUCAUAUAUAUGAGAAGUUAGAUGCCAUCACCGAUGAGGAGAAUGACAUGCUUGACCUGGCUUACGGACUCACAGACAGGUCACGGUUGGGCUGCCAAGUCUGUCUGACCAAGGCUAUGGACAAUAUGACCGUUUGUGUGCCUGAGGCGGUGGCGGAUGUCAGACAAUCUAUUGACAUGAGCAAGAAUUCCUAAGAUACAUUAAAAAGAAAUAUUUUCAUGAAAUUUUUACCUAUUUUUAUAAUUAUUUCCCAGUAUAAUUAAAUGAUUACACAACAGAAUAUAUUUCUCUGUGUGAGUAGCUGUGUUGUCUUAAUUCAGUUUGUAGUACUGAAAGUCUGCAGUUUUCAUUUGAUUAGAUUAUUAAAAUGUCAGUUUAAUUUUAGAAGCUAGCUGAUAUAAUAAACUCCUUACACAUUUUA